GUGUCAAAUGAGGCACAGUUGCUGGUAAACUAAUCGUGAAUUUGUGAAUAAUGCUUUUAUUUUAGCUCAUGUUUAUUUUUGUAAGCGUGUUAAAAAAUGUAAUUCCGCGAGCGUGAAGAAUGUAAUAAUCCGAUUGGCAGCUUCCCAUGAUGACGUGACCAUUUGUUUACAAUAAUGGGGUGGUUAAGUUGUUGCGAGUGCAAAUCGAAAGAGGAGAAAAUUGUUGAAUUAGAUUUUUCGCGGUGCGGCAUCGCCGAAGUGCCCAACGAUGUAUACGCUAAUUCGCCCACACUCGAGGUGCUCCACCUCGAAGGGAACAAGCUCAAAGAUCUGUCCCCGCAGCUGUUCCAAUGCAUUGAUCUCAGAUACUUGAAUGUCAGCGACAACGAAAUUAGGGCCAUCCCACCACUGAUUUCCAAGUUAACCAAUUUACAAGUGUUGAUAUUCAGUAAGAAUGUUUUAGAUGGGGUUCAUCCAAAUUUAGACAAGUUAAAUAAACUUACAAUGUUAGAUCUCAGUAUGAACGACCUGGGUAAAGUGCCAGAGGCAAUAAUGAGCCUAAUCAAUUUACAGCAGUUGUGUUUAAACGAUACAGGGAUCGAUUUUGUACCUGCGAACAUCGGAAGAUUGUCGAACUUGAGGAUUUUGGAACUGCGCGACAACAAUCUGUGCGAAUUGCCCAAAUCAAUCAGGCGUUUGACCAAUCUACAAAGAUUGGACGUAAGCGAUAACAACUUGACUAAUUUGAAUGAAGUGUGCGAGUCCCACGGGAAUUUGACUGAACUAUGGAUAAAUGGGAACAACAUCAGCCAAUUGUCUGUUUCAAUCACGCACUUGAAGAAGAUCAACGAUUUUGAUGCUUCUUACAACAAUUUGGUAUCGAUACCAAAGGAAAUAGGUCACUGGACCAAAAUUACAAAUUUGAUACUCAGUUUUAAUACUUUAUCCGCUUUGCCUAAAGCUGUAGGCAAUUUAAGAAACUUACAGGUACUCAAGCUAGAAUCAAACUUUUUAGAGGAGUUACCAAGUACUAUAAGCAAGCUUUCCAACUUGGAGGAGCUAAAUUUACAAAAUAAUUCACUGAUCAAAAUUCCUAAUGGCAUUGGGCAUUUAAGAAAAUUAGCCACGUUAAUAUUAUCGGAUAAUAAAUUGAAGCAUUUACCCGCUGAGAUUGGUAGUUGUACGGCAUUAACUAUAUUAAAUGUCCACAACAACGAACUUAAAAGACUGCCAGAUGAAGUAGGUCAUUUACAAAACUUAACUACGUUAGGAUUAAUAGGUAAUCAACUGUCUUAUCUUCCCAUAACCAUAUCCAAGCUUUCGAACUUGAAAGCACUAUGGCUAACACCAAAUCAAACGCAACCGUUGAUCCAUCUACAAAACGAGCAGCUGCCAGACGGCCAAGUCGUUUUGACAUCCGUGGUCUUUCCACAAAAAGAAACAACACCAACUUCCCAUUCGUGUCACAUUAGCUUUAACACAGAAAGAAACGAGACUGAUAUCACCGAGGCGAAGGCCUCGCUAUCGCUAAGCCGCACCCCGACGCCCCACCACAAAGAACUCAAACGGCUCAGGGAGAUACUCAGAAACACGAACGUACCAGAAAGCCAAAUACCAAAUAUCUCCGAGAUCAAAGAAGCCAAAGUCACCCACAUCUCAGCCGAUCUGAGCGUCUCGCAGCUGAGCCUGAACGAGUCGCGGGACGGCGAUCCGUCGAAAACGCCGCCCAAACAACCGCCCCCCUAUCACAUAGCGGCGGCAUAUUCUAAAAACGCGCAUCUAUUUGCUCAAAUCAACCCGCACGAUCAGCCGAAGCAGUUCAGCCAGCAGCAGCCGGCCAACAUACACAUGCCGACGCCGAAGCUGGCCAACAACAGACACCAAAUCGCAGCGGCCAUUCUAAACGACGAAGUACAAAACAACCACGCUCCAACGCUCCAGCUGGCCGUCUCCAAUCACAGGGAGGGGCCGUAUGGGGUCAAUCCAAAUUCUAAACAUGUUAAAUGGCCUUUCGGGAAACACAAGGUUUGUCAAGUCAUCGAGGUCGACUUGCCGGACAACAGGACCAACUUCGACUUUCAGAUUGCGACCAAAAAUGAUGGUAUAUAUGUUGAGGAUGUACACAGCCAGGGACAGGCGUAUGAAAAAUUGUACGAGGGCGAUAAAAUAUUGGCGUUCGAUGACACUGAUUAUUCGGCGAUGGAUCCAAUAUCUGCAUAUCAAGACGCCUGUCGUAAAGUGAACACAGUAAAAACUGUUGCCGUUUCGCGGAAACAGGCCACUUAAAUUUUUACAUAUUUGCUAAAGUUUUCAUUGGAUUUUAGUAAGAAUUUGUUAAUUUUUUAAAUGUAAUUCUAUGUGUCAUAUAUACAAAUAUACUUAUAUAAAAAAUUUUUCAUAUUUUACUGGGUCAUCUGAUAUUUUGGCAUAGAGAUUUUCUUCAGAUAUUUACCAAAUUGUACUCGUAUUGUGUUCAUUUAUAUUGUUGUUAGUUGCAAAUAUUGGAUGAACCAGAUUUAAUGUACUGCAAUGUUUACAUCAUUUUUAAUAUACAAUGUAUAAGAGUGACACAAUUUAUACGAUAAAAGACUGUUAUUUUUCUUGUUGUAUAAAUGUGUUUUUACCUCAUAUUUUGUAAUUUAUUUUUUAAAAAGGGCUGUGAAUUUGAAUUUUUAGAAAGUAAGUAGUUUUGUAUUAUGUUAUUUAUUUGUAAAUUAAAGUGUUAAUUUAUGGUAUGAACUAAUAAAACUUGACUGACUUGAUAUAUUUAUACUUUUUUAAAUAAAAAAUACUCGUACAUGA